ACUAUGGCACAAUCCCGCGUGGCUGGUGGGGUGACGCAGCGAGAAGCAGUGUCACUCGCUCAGUCGCCGCGUACCCGUGAACUUGGCCUGGUCCGAUCACCCUGGCCCCGAAGCCUUAUCAGAGGCGCCGCCCACGGCCUAUAAUAGCUGGGCCGGCGUCUCCUCCUGCCUCCAGAGUGGCCUGUGACUUCGGCAGACAUGUUUCGUGCUUUGUGCCUCCUAGCUGUGCUCGCGGCAGUUCGUGCCUGCAAAACCUGCACAUGUGGUGUGGUGCGAGGUGCCCGUGUGGUCGGCGGUGGGCCCGUGGGUCCCGGAGAAUUCCCCUGGCUCGCUGCCCUCAAAAGAGAUGGAAAACUUAUUUGCGGUGCUACUGUGGUAGCACGGGACCACCUUAUAACAGCCACCCAUUGUAUUUAUGAGGUAGAAGCUUCCCGCUUGACAGUUCUAGUCGGUGAAUAUGACGUAAACAAUUCAAGAUCGGAUGGUUUUCAAGUUUCACACGUGUUCCAGCACCCGGACUUUAACAGAUAUACAUAUGACAAUGAUAUCGCUGUCCUGAGACUUGCUGAACCGCUGCCAGACAGACUUUAUCGGCCUGCCUGCCUACCUGAUGACGACGAUUACCUUGAUGGAGGUGAUGCUAUAGUGUCCGGAUGGGGCAGUACUAUUGAAAAAGGACCACAUUCUAAUAUUCCCAUGAAAGCUGAAGUACAAAUCUGGACGCAAGAAGAGUGCACAAAUGCUGGUUAUGGCCGUAGGAAGGUGACACCACGUAUGAUAUGUGCUAAUGCACCUGAUCGUGACUCUUGUACGGGAGACUCUGGAGGACCCCUUCUAAUGUCUCAACCGUACUUUACACUAGUUGGUAUCGUUUCGUGGGGACGCGGCUGUGCGAGACAAGGGUAUCCCGGAGUUUAUGCACGAGUCGACAGGUUCAUGCCAUGGCUAAAAGUUGCGUUACGGCAUGCAUGCCUUUGUCAACCACCGUCUUUUAAUUAGCCACAUGAAAUAUUUUAUUAACUUAUCAAUCCGUUAAGCAAAAGCUUUUACCUAUGACAUGGAAACGAAAUAUUAGAUGUUUGCCAAUGAACUGAAUUUACUAAAUGGAUACAGACAUUUAGGCUGAAACACCACCUGAAAAGAACGUUUAUUGACAAAGUUUCUAACGGAUACAGGUAACUGGUCAAGUUAAGACAAUAACAAAAUGUAAGGCCGGAUUUGAAAGGCAGUGUCCUAACGUUAUAUUUUAUAGGACUUUGAACUUUUGAGUAAUUAAUAUACUUUUGAUAGGAUAAUUGUUACCAUAAAAAACAUUAAGUAUAAUUUAGUACCAGUGUAUUUGCAAGUUAACCAUGAGGCUACAUGAUAAUUAUUGCCGCCAGAGAGCUUUAAUACUAUUUAAGGUUCUAUUUAAUUAUCCGAAAUGUUGCCAUUAGAACCAAAGCGGUAUUGCAAUGGGUAAAAAUAGAGGCGUUACAUAAUGUAUAUUAUUAUGUAAAUCAGUAUUAGGGCGUUAAUGUUAUAUUUUAUAGAUUUUUAAUCUAGAUGUAAAGCAGGACCUAAAGGACAUGUAACUGAAAAUUGAAACAUCUCAAUAUAUCAAGGUACUAUCAUAUACAUAUAUAUUUUAAUUUGGCUCUAGAUAGUUUUGACACAUAAACACACAGAUUACAUGUCUUUUUAAUUCUUAGCAUAGGCUUACAAUGGCUGUGAUUAAUUUAUGUUUGUAAGUAGUAAUUACAUUGUUACCUUUUACAGUUUAUAAAUAAAUAUUGUUUGAAA